AUGCGUGUCUCUGAAGUCCUCAGCCUCUCUGUGCUUGUGCUACGACACGCCGUCGCCAGCAGGGCGGUCACCCCCGAUAUCAGAGCAGACACCAACAGAGAUGGAAUUGUAGACCUAACGGGAGACACUGACAUCCUGGGAAAGACAAAUUGGACUGAAGCUUUCGGUGCAAUCUUCCUCCCGAAUAUCGGAGACACCGACAGACGAUGCUCAAAGCUUGCUCUUAGCGGGCCUGCACUGAGCAACGAGGCUCUUGACGACUGCAAUGAUGCAUCGGAUGACAUUCAGCGAGCUCCUCAGUUCUUGGCCCCUCUCAAGACUGUCCCCAUUGCUGGACUGUCCAAGUCAGCAAUCGGGUCCGUCUCGGUUGCAGACCCUGUUGCCCGGGAUUUGGUACGCAUCUUCCGCAAAGACGGAAAUACCUGGGCUAUCACCGGCAACAACUACACCUUCAACGCAGAAGCCCUUCAGUCAGGCCUGAACCUCGGUAUUGAUAGCCGAGACGUCCGUCGUCCAGAUGGCUGGGACGGAAAAGUUACUGUUCGCUUCACUGUUCGCGACGGUAAUACCACCUCUUCUGACAAUGUCGCGCUCCGCGUUGCCCCUGUCCUCACCCAUCACCACCUUCAGACAGUUGAGAAGGUGCUGGCUGUUCAAGGAAACAAGAUCGACGACCCCGACCUUCUCAGAUUCACCGAGGAUCUGUCAACCAUCGUAAAAGAGGCAGGAGUUCACAGUGAAGUGUAUCUUUUCAACCACAGCAACGACAUCUGGGCCCAGGAUUUUGUGGAGCCUGGUUAUGCUAACAUGCCUGGCCCGAACGGUACCGUAUCCAUUCGUGUCAUGAUUCGAUGCCCUCAAGACGAUCGUGUUGCGGGCCGUCAACUGUUUGAGUACUACCGCGAGGCUGGUGUCGGUGCUGUUCAGCACCUUGGAGGAGCCCUCGAGGAGAUUAACUCUGGGGGCAACAUCGAAACCAUCCCUCCUUUCACCUUCAAUGGCAAGACUUGGCCGGCCGGACGGGUAAUCCUAGGAAAUCACAAGGAGCAGAAACACCAUAUCUACCCCUUCCUGCAGGCUCAAGAAACUCAGGAGCCCGUUCUUCUGGAUACAGACUGGUUACUUGUCGGCCACGUCGACGAAUUCCUCCAGUUCUUGCCUGCCAACAACGAGCGCGGCUGGGUCCUGAUGGCUGACGACCCCCGUGCCGGCAUGAAAAUGCUGAAGGAUAUUCAGACGGCUGGUCAUGGCUCCACACCGGCCAUCUCGCGUAAGAAUGACUCCGAGUCAAACUACCCUAUCUACUCUCCUACUGUCGAUGAAGCUCUCGCAGAUGUGAACCUCUUGAGCACCAACGAGGAAUGCUCGAAGAGGAUCGACGCCAACCUCGAGAUCCUCAAGCGGGAGACAGGUCUGGAGGAUGCUGAGAUCCUCCGUAUUCCAGCUUUGUUCGAAGCAGACCCAUUCGGUAACGAAAACUCUCCUUUGAGGGUCAGCGCCUGCUUCCCUGCGGCGAUCAACAGCCUUGUUCUGUCGGGCUUCAAGACGAGCGUCGCGCCCAAUCCUUUUGGUCCUGUCGUUGACGGAAGGGAUGUGCUCUCCGAGGCCGUUACGAAUGAAUACUCAAAUAUUGGAAUGAACGUCACAUUCAUCGACGACUGGUACACACACCACAGUUUUGGGGGCGAGGUGCAUUCCGGAACCAACACAAUCCGGGACAUGUCUGCCCCAUGGUGGUGA